AUGGGGUUUGUGCGGGCCCUGUGGCUGGGCCUGGCGUUGGCGCUGGGACCCGUGCCCGCCGGGGGCCACCCGCAGCCGUGCGGCGCCCUGGCACGCCUGGGGGGCUCCGUGCGCCUGGGCGCCCUCCUGCCCCGCGCACCCGCCGCCCGAGCCCGCGCCCGCACCGCCCUGGCCCGGGCCGUCCUGGAGCACCGGCUACCGCACAACCUGAGCUUGGACCUGGUGACCGCCGAGACCCCCGCCCGCAACCCCGCCUCGCUGGCCCUGGGCUUGUGCCAGACGCUGGCGGCGCCGGGCGUGGUGGCCGUGCUCGCCUUCCCCGAGGCGCGACCGGAGCUGCUGCAGCUGCACUUCCUGGCGGCCGCCACCGAGACCCCCGUGCUCAGCCUGCUGCGGCGGGAGGCGCGCGCGCCCCUCGGCGCCCCGAACCCGUUUCACCUCCAGCUGGCCUGGGCCAGCCCCCUGGAGACGCUGCUGGAGGUGCUGGUGUCGGUGCUGCGGGCCCAUGCCUGGGAGGACGUCGGCCUGGUGCUCUGCCGCAUGCGGGACCCUGGGGGCCUGGUGGCGCUCUGGACAAGCCUGGCUGGCAGGGCCCCGAAGCUUGUGCUGGACGUGAGCCGAGCGGACGCCGGUGAUGCGGGGCUGCAGGCCGGCCUCUCCCUCCUGGGGGCGCCGGAGGGAGGCUCAGCCCCGGUACCCGCGGCCGUGCUCCUCGGCUGUGACGUGGCCCGUGCCCGUCGGGUGCUGGAGGCCGUCCCUCCCGGGCCCCGCUGGUUGCUAGGUACGCCGCUGCCUGCGGAGGCCCUGCCCACGGAGGGCCUGCCACCUGGGCUGCUGGCACUGGGCGAGGUGGCUCGGCCCUCCCUGGAGGCCACCAUCCACGACGCGGUGGAGCUGAUGGCGCGGGCGCUGGGCAGCGCAGCCCGCCUGCAGCCGGAGCGCAUCCUUCUCCCCGCCACCACCAACUGCGACGGCCUGAAGCCAGCCACACUCCGGUCCUCCGGCCACUUCUUGGCACAGUUCCUGAGCAACACAUCCUUCCAGGGCCACACAGGGCCAGUGUGGGUGACCAGCUCUUCCCAGGUGCACAUGUCCCGGCACUUCCAGGUGUGGAGCCUGCGCCAGGACCCACUGGGCACCCCAGCCUGGGCCACACUGGGCAGCUGGCGGGAUGGGAGGCUGGAGUUGGAGCCAGGGGGUGCUGCCCUGCGGCCCCCAUCCCCGCUGGGUGCCCGGGUCCAGCCUAAGCUGCGUGUGGUGACCCUGGUGGAGCAUCCGUUUGUGUUUGCCCGAGAACCAGACGAGGAUGGGCAGUGCCCAGCAGGACAGCUGUGCCUGGCCCCUGGCACCAACAACUCCGCCACCCUGGACGCACUGUUUGCUGCCCUGGCCAAUGGCUCGGUGUCCCGUGCUCUGCGCAGGUGUUGCUAUGGCUACUGCAUUGACCUGCUGGAGCGCCUGGCAGAGGACACACCCUUUGACUUUGAGCUGUACAUUGUGGGCGAUGGCAAGUACGGCGCCCUGCGGGAUGGCCGCUGGACUGGCCUGGUGGGUGACCUGCUAGCAGGCAGGGCCCACAUGGCAGUCACCAGCUUUAGCAUCAACUCGGCCCGCCUGAAGGUGGUGGACUUCAGCAGCCCCUUCUUCUCCACCAGCCUGGGCAUCAUGGUGCGGGCGAGAGACACGGCCUCACCCCUCGGGGCCUUUAUGUGGCCGCUGCACUGGUCCAUGUGGCUGGGCGUCUUUGCCGCCCUGCACCUCACCGCGCUCUUCCUCACGCUGUAUGAGUGGUGCAGCCCCUAUGGCCUCACACCCCGCGGCCGGAACCGCGGCUCCGUUUUCUCCUACUCCUCGGCCCUCAACCUCUGCUACGCCAUCCUGUUUGGACGCACAGUGUCCAGCAAGACACCCAAGUGCCCCACCGGGCGUCUGCUCAUGAACCUGUGGGCCAUCUUCUGCCUGCUCGUGCUGUCCAGCUACACGGCCAACCUGGCUGCCGUCAUGGUCGGGGACAAGACUUUCGAGGAGCUGUCCGGGAUUCACGACCCCAAGCUGCACCACCCGUCCCAGGGCUUCCGCUUUGGCACUGUGUGGGAGAGCAGUGCAGAGGCCUACAUCAAGAAGAGCUUCCCCGAGAUGCACGCGCACAUGCGGCAGCACAGCGUACCCACAACACCCCACGGCAUUGCCAUGCUCACGAGCGACCCCCCCAAGCUCAAUGCUUUCAUCAUGGACAAGUCGCUCCUGGACUAUGAGGUCUCCAUCGACGCCGACUGCAAACUGCUGACUGUGGGCAAGCCCUUUGCCAUUGAGGGUUAUGGCAUUGGACUCCCUCAGAACUCACCGCUCACCUCCAAUCUGUCCGAGUUCAUCAGCCGCUACAAGUCCUCUGGCUUCAUCGAUCUGUUGCAUGACAAGUGGUACAAGAUGGUACCUUGCGGGAAGCGGGUAUUUGCUGUCACAGAGACCCUGCAGAUGGGCAUCUACCACUUCUCCGGUCUCUUUGUGCUGCUUUGCCUGGGCCUGGGUAGUGCCCUGCUCAGCUCUCUGGGGGAGCACAUCUUCUACCACCUGGUGCUGCCCUGUAUCCGGAGGGGUAACAGGUUGCAGUACUGGCUACACAUGAGUCAGAGAAUCCACCUCGCCCUCAACACAGAGCCUGUGGACAAGCAGAAAGAACCUGAGCCAAGGGAUCUGGAGAAGCAACAAGACAUACCAACUGCCCGUUCAGGCCAGGGCAACUGGACACGGGUGUGCCAGGCCAUGGUAAGGGAGCGUCAUCUGCACCUCCUUCGGGAGCCAACCUUGGCCACUGCUCCAUCAGUAGUGGGCACAGGUGUGGAAAGGAACCGGCCACCUGAGGGUCCCAUCCAGCUCUGCUCCAACGGCCAGCCACCCACCAUACUGCCCACUGGCGCCCCACGCCCAGGGGAGCUGGAGGAACUGGAGCAGCACAUUGCGGAUGCACGGUCAAGGCUCCGCCAGGCGCUGGUGCGGCGUGGGGAGCUCCUGGCCCAGCUCCCAGGUGGCAGCUGCGAUGGGCCACUGUGCCUGCUCUAG